UUACAAUGUUUUAAAAUGUGUGCGUGAUAUUUAUCUAGAACUAUUUAUUUUCUUAACAUGUUACUAUAAAAACAGCGGGAAAUGAAACAAAGGAAACCCAGUCGGGUGGGUGUCGUUCAAACAUGGAGUGAUGGGUGGAGCUAUAAUUUAAGGUCCCGUGAUUGGCUCUCGUUCCAGUUCAGUAACGCCUUGAAUGAUCCAAUUAAAUACAAGUUUAUGGGUCUGACCAAUGACAACUCGGAAUCACGAGGUCCCACAGAAUUAGCAUAGACGAGUGAAUAAAAAGCCCUGUAUGAUUUCAGUCCGCUACUGAUUUCUGAGAGAUUGAAUCGGAAACAUCAUCAUGCCCGAACCAGCGAAGUCCGCGCCGAAGAAAGGCUCCAAGAAGGCCGUCACCAAGACCGCAGCGAAAGGAGGAAAGAAGCGCAGAAAGUCCAGGAAGGAGAGCUACGCCAUCUACGUGUACAAAGUGCUGAAGCAGGUUCAUCCUGACACCGGGAUCUCUUCGAAAGCGAUGGGCAUCAUGAACUCUUUCGUCAACGACAUCUUCGAGCGCAUCGCCGGUGAGUCGUCUCGUCUCGCUCACUACAACAAGCGCUCCACCAUCACUUCCCGAGAGAUCCAGACCGCCGUGCGUCUGCUGCUGCCCGGGGAGCUGGCCAAACACGCCGUGUCCGAGGGCACCAAGGCCGUCACCAAGUACACCAGCUCCAAGUAGAGCAGUCCCACACCGAGACACACCCCAAAGGCUCUUUUAAGAGCCACCCAUCCACUCACUCGAAGAGCUUCUGAUGUGUGUAGUAAUGGUUUCGUUAGACUAAUUCUAAGAAAUUAACAACUUUCUAAUUUAUAUAUUUUAGAUCUUUGGUUUCUUUCCACUGAGUUUAUGUAACGAAGUUCCCAUUUUGGGCAACCCUACGGACUUAAAGAGCACAUUGUUGGUCAUUUGACUUAAAACAUAAACUGAUUUAAAGAUCUUAUUCGGUUUUGUUUUACACCCCACAUAAAAUAAGCUCUCCUUCAACACACAACUGUUUUUUACAGAUGGGCCUAAAGGGCUUGAUUUGUUUCGUGUUGAGGCAAGGCUUUUGCAGCCAGAUGUGAAAAGUUAAUUUCUCAAGGUUUGGAGUGCAUGCUAAAGACUUCUGCUGAUAAAUGCAAAUGUGUGUGUAGUUUCAUAAAUGUGCAUUCAAACAUCA